ACACCGGCGGCGCCAGCCAAUAGCUGGGGUCCUAUAAACGCCACCGCCCAGGCGCUCUCGGACGAGAGGCAAGAGGUAGCACUGACAAGCUUGCUGAUCACUGGCCGCGCGUCCCAGAGUGAGUGUGCCAGAGAGUGGGAGACCAAGCGACCGAGCGACAGAAGUCAGAGUCACAGUCGGAGUCUCGGGACGGGAGCAGGAUCCGAAGAACGCCGCCCUCCUGCUAGCAGCCAUCCGCUCACCCGGCGCUGCCAGAGCCACCAAGCGCAGCGCGGCCAUGGAGCCCAGCAGCAAGAAGCUGACCGGUCGCCUCAUGCUGGCUGUGGGAGGGGCAGUGCUUGGCUCCCUGCAGUUUGGCUACAACACUGGAGUCAUCAAUGCCCCCCAGAAGGUGAUCGAGGAGUUCUACAACCAGACAUGGAUCCACCGAUACGGGGAGAAGAUACUGCCUACCACACUCACCACGCUCUGGUCCCUCUCUGUGGCCAUCUUCUCUGUUGGAGGCAUGAUCGGCUCCUUCUCUGUGGGCCUUUUUGUUAACCGUUUUGGCCGGCGGAACUCGAUGCUGAUGAUGAACCUGCUGGCCUUCCUGUCUGCUGUGCUCAUGGGCUUCUCGAAGCUUAGCAGGUCCUUUGAGAUGCUGAUCCUGGGCCGCUUCAUCAUUGGCGUGUACUGCGGCCUAACCACGGGCUUCGUACCCAUGUAUGUUGGGGAGGUGUCCCCCACAGCCCUUCGUGGGGCCUUGGGCACCCUGCACCAGCUGGGCAUCGUUGUCGGCAUCCUCAUCGCGCAGGUGUUUGGUCUGGACUCCAUCAUGGGCAACGAGGAGCUGUGGCCCCUGCUACUGAGCAUCAUUUUCGUCCCAGCCCUGCUCCAGUGCAUCGUGCUGCCCUUCUGUCCCGAGAGCCCCCGCUUCUUGCUCAUCAACCGCAACGAGGAGAACCGGGCCAAGAGUGUGCUGAAGAAGCUGCGUGGAACAGCUGAUGUGACCCACGACCUGCAGGAGAUGAAGGAGGAGGGUCGUCAGAUGAUGCGGGAGAAGAAGGUCACCAUCCUGGAGCUGUUCCGCUCACCCGCCUACCGCCAGCCCAUCCUCAUUGCCGUGGUGCUACAGCUGUCCCAGCAGCUGUCGGGGAUCAACGCUGUCUUCUAUUACUCCACCAGCAUCUUCGAGAAGGCAGGGGUGCAGCAGCCUGUGUAUGCUACCAUCGGCUCUGGCAUCGUCAACACAGCCUUCACUGUUGUGUCGCUGUUUGUGGUGGAGCGAGCUGGCCGGCGGACCCUGCAUCUCAUAGGCCUAGCUGGUAUGGCAGGCUGUGCCGUGCUCAUGACCAUUGCACUGGCGCUGCUGGAACGGCUUCCUUGGAUGUCCUAUCUUAGCAUCGUGGCCAUCUUCGGCUUUGUGGCCUUCUUUGAAGUGGGCCCUGGCCCCAUCCCGUGGUUCAUUGUGGCUGAACUCUUCAGCCAGGGUCCCCGUCCAGCUGCCAUUGCAGUCGCUGGCUUCUCCAACUGGACCUCAAAUUUCAUUGUGGGCAUGUGCUUCCAGUAUGUGGAGCAACUGUGUGGUCCCUAUGUCUUCAUCAUCUUCACUGUUCUCCUGGUUCUGUUCUUCAUCUUCACCUACUUCAAAGUUCCUGAGACUAAAGGCCGGACCUUUGAUGAAAUUGCUUCUGGCUUCCGGCAGGGGGGAGCCAGCCAAUGUGACAAGACACCAGAGGAGCUCUUCCACCCCUUAGGGGCUGAUUCCCAAGUGUGAGGUGCCCCAUACCACCAGCCCAGCCUGUUCCCAGCAGCCCCGAGAAGCUCUCGGGAGCACAGGCAGCUGGAUGAGACUUCCAAACUGACAGAUCUCAGCCAUGAUGUCUAGAAGAAUGGUCAGAACUUUAACAGCUCCAGGAUUUUAAUGAAAGCAAGGCUGUUGCUGAAAUCUAUCCAGACAAGCAACAGAUUUUAUAAUUUUUUUAUUACUGAUUUUGUUACUAUUUUUUUAUCAGCCUGAGUCUCCUGUACCCACACCCAGGCUUCCCUCUGAAUGGUUCAGAACCUGAGGGUGGGGACCAAGCCCUGUCCAGACAGACACUUGCCUUCUUCAACAAGCUAAUCUGUGGGGCUGGACCUAUGACCCAAGAAUACACUAAUUGAAAUAAGAACUUUGAAGCUUCUACCCCAGGAGGUGGCUAUGGCCACCCCUUCUGCAGGCCUGAGUCUCCUGCACAGGGGUCAGGCUCCAUUAGGAUUUGCCCAUUCCCAUCUCUUCCUACCCAACCACUCAAACUAAUCUUACCUUGCCUGAGACCAGUUGGGAGCACUGGAGUGCAGGGAGGAGAGGGGAAGGGCCAGACUGGGCUGCCAGGUUCUAGUCUCCUUUGCACUGAGGGCCAGACUAUCACCAUGAGAGGAGGGCCUGUAGGAGGCUGAGAACUCACUGCUCAAGAAGACAAGGACACUCCUGCCCUGCUGUGUAUAGAUGGAAGAUAUUUAUAUAUAUAUAUAUUUUGGUUGUCAAUAUUAAAUACAGACACUAAGUUAUAGCAUAUCUGGGCAAACCAACUUGUAAAUACACCACCUCACUCCUUCUGUAACUUACCUAAACAGAUAUAAAUGGCUGGUUUUUAGAAA